CUCCGCCCUCAUCGGUUUCCCCAUUCUACUCACCAUGUCGUCCCCUAUUGCACCCAAAGAGACUGAGGUCGAUGUGCUGAUCGUCGGCGCCGGGCCUGCAGGCGUGAUGUGCGCAAAUGCAUUGGCUAUGGCGGGCGUGAACGUCCGCAUUAUCGACCAGAGGCCCGUUAAGGUUGCCGCUGGACAGGCAGAUGGCAUCCAACCGCGCACAAUCGAAGUGCUGCAGAGCUAUGGUCUUGCAGAACGUCUCUUGCGGGAAGCCAACCAGAUGCAGAUGGCCGCAUUCUACAACCCCAGCCCCUCCGGCGGCAUUGAGAGGACGAGCCGCGCGCCAGACGUCACCGCCCCAAACGCCAGAUGGCCAUUUGAGGUCACCCUGCAUCAGGGCGCAAUCGAGGCCAUAUUCCUGGACUCGAUGAAGGCGCACGGGGUGGCCGUAGAGCGCCCCAUCAUCCCUACCUCCCUGGAGCUAUCAGACUCCGAGGACGAGCUGCGGGAUCCUAACGCUCAUCCUGUCAAGGUGACCCUGAAGUAUCUCGACCCUCCCGCCGGUCAGAGCGACACGGAGAUCGUGAGCGCCAAGUUCGUCCUGGGCGCGGAUGGCGCCCAUUCAUGGGUUCGCAAGGCACUCGGGAUCACCAUGGACGGCGAGCAGACAGACUACAUCUGGGGCGUGAUCGACAUUGACCCGGACAGCGACUUCCCGGACGUGCGCUGCAAGACCGCGGUGCACUCGCACAACGGCUCGUGCAUGAUCAUCCCGCGCGAGGGCGACCUCAUCCGGCUCUACAUCCAGCUCGCGGACCGCGACGUGCUCGACCCCGCGACGGGUCGCGUCGACAAGAGCCGCGUGAGCCCCGAGAAGCUGCUCGCGGUCGCGAAGGAGUCGUUCAAGCCGUUCAGCAUGGGCGCGAAGAACGGGUUUGAGUGGUGGACGCUGUAUAUCAUUGGGCAGCGCGUCGCGUCGCGGUUCUCACUACACGAGCGUGUAUUCAUCGCGGGAGACGCGUGUCACACGCACUCCCCGAAAGCCGGCCAGGGUAUGAAUGCCAGUAUGAAUGAUACCCACAACUUGGCUUGGAAGCUCACACACGUCCUCCGUGGAUGGGCGGACAUUUCCGUAUUGAAGACCUACGAGUUCGAGCGCCGCAAGUACGCGCAGGACCUGAUCGACUUCGACAAGAAGUUUUCGAAGCUCUUCUCAGGCAAGCCCCGCACGGAAGACAAUCAGGACGGCGUCUCGCAUGAGGAGUUCCUCGAGGCAUUCCAGACAUUCGGCCUCUUCACGAGCGGGAUCGGCGUGCACUACCAGCCAUCUGCGAUCACGCACGCAAAGCACCAGGAUCUCGCGUCCACGCUCGUUAUCGGCGAGCGCAUGGUCCCGCAUGUCUUCGUGCGUGCCGCAGACGCGCGCCCGUAUGACAUCCAGGACGUGCUCCCCGCGGAUGCGCGCUUCAAGAUCCUUGUUUUCACUGGGGUGAUCACGGACCCUGCGCAGGCCGCGCGGGCGGCCGCGCUCGCGGAGGAGAUGGACGCCCCGGGCAGCUUCUACCACCGCUUCGGGCACGAGAAUCCGGCGCGCGUCUUCGACGUGCUCUCGGUCAGCGCCGCAAAGAAGGAGGAUGUUAACUACACAGACUUGCCCAAGUUCUUCAGGCAGCACUGGUCGAAAGUGCUCCUGGACGACACAGACCUGUACGCGCGCGUGGGCGGUGGCGGAUACGAGCGGUACGGGAUCGACGCGGGGAAGGGCGCGAUCGUCGUCGUUCGCCCGGACGGCUACGUCGGCACCAUCGCGCCGCUGCACGGGCUGCGGGACAUCGACGCGUACUUCAGCGCGUUCAUGGCAGCAUGAUAGACGGAUGCAGUAACAUAGCGCAGCCUGAGGGAAAGGGAGGUGUACAGUAAUAUAUUGAUACCAUUCUCUACACGUGUUACAGAUGCGUUUCUUUGCGCGAACAAGGC